AUGACUGAAGCAUCGAAUCACACUAUCUCAAAUAAAUCUUCGCUUGAUAGUGAUACGAAAACCUCACCACCUAUGUCUGUAAUGCUUGAACUAGAUGAAAUCAAUGAACUUCUUACGGUGACCAGCAUUAAACAACCAUCAAGAAACAAAUCACUUGAGUCGCUUAUUAUUCAUGAAAUACAAUCAUGGUCUUCAUUUAUUGGUGCAUCAGUUGUCGAACAACUUACUAAUGAUAUCGAUAAAUCACCUAAAUAUCCUUAUCUAUCAAAAAAUCCACGCAAUCAAUCAUUAAUCGAUCGUAAUAAACAAUACUAUUAUCGUCAUGAUGAACUUACAUGGCUUUCACUCUUUGGUACUAUGCCUGAUAUUAAUCAAAUACUUACGCACAAUCGUUUUCUUUAUGGUCAUCCUUGGUUACAAAAUUUGAUUGUUUUUAUUGAUUCAUACUUUCGUGGUGUGGGACAAGUGAUAUUCGCCAAUAAUCCCCUAUCGGGUUUAGUGAUCACAGUUGGCCCACUGAUUGGUCAAUGGCAACUUGCUUUGUAUGAUCUUUUAGGAACAAUUACAUCAACAUUAACAGCAUAUAUCAUAGAACUUGACUAUGGAUCGAUUCGAACUGAUCUCUAUGAAUAUAAUGGAUGUUUAACAGAUAUGACUAUAGCUAAUUUUUCUUUUGGAUUUCGUUCUCCACUAAUAAUUGGACCGAUCUUAUUGAUGAGUGCUUAUUCAACAAUUUUUCUUGUUGCUCUUCGAUUGGAUCUCUCACCGUUUACAUUCAGUUCACAAAUGUGUUCAUUGCUAUGGUUAUUAGGUGCAAUGAAAUUUCGAUAUUUUUUUGUUGAUGAAACACUUUUAACACCUGGACUAUUGAGUACAUUCAUUGAAAAACCUAGCCUGUCUAAUCUAACAAUCACUAAAUAUUCAGUUAUCGAUAUAUUUACUAGCUUUCCUACAAGUGCAAGUCAAGUCUAUUUUAUCAAUAAUCCUUUAACUGGUAUCAUUAUUCUUUUGGGUAUAUUAAUUUGUUCAUCAAUUCUAUCACUUUUUGCUUUAUUUGGUGCAAUAACUGGUCAAUUAUCAGCUGCUAAUCUGUUUGGACUUCCAGUCGAAACAAUCCGAAUGAGUUUGUUGGGCUGCAAUUCUGUAUUAACAUGUCAAGCACUUGGAGGAAUGUUUUUUGUUCUUAGUGGCUAUCCAAUAUGGAUUUUUACACUGUUUGGAUCUAUAAUGAGUGUUAUUGCUCAAACUGUUAUAUCUGUUUUUCUUUCUCCUAUUGGGAUUCCUUCAUUACUGUUACCAUCAAUAUUGAUUUCUUGGAUAUUUUGUUUAAUGGCCGAAUCAAGAGCUGAUGUUAAUUUGAUUGAUUAUGACUUACGUAGUCCAUUGCAUUUAGCUGCUUGUGGUGGAAAAGCAGAAUUAUGUUUGAUGCUUGUUAAAAAUUUUCGAGCUAAUGUUAAUUUAAUCGAUGAAUUCGGUGAAACACCAUUAUAUGAGGCUUUUUGUCAUGGAAAUUUUCAUUUAAUUUCAUUUCUUUAUGCGUGUGGUGCACGAAUGCCUGUUAGUAAAACAAAAGAAUUGACUUUUUGUCUAUGUGCUUUUUCAUUUGAAGGUAAUUUAAACGCAGUACAAUAUUUAGUCGCAUGUGGAGUUAAUCCGAAUUCGACAGAUUAUAAUGGACGUACAGCUCUACAUUUAGCUGUUUGUGGUAAUAAUUUUUCUAUAGUAAAAUAUUUAGUUGAAGAAAAUAAAGCAUCUUUAUCAAUCGCCGAUUAUUAUAAUCAAACUCCUAUUCAAUAUGCAUUACAUUUAACUGAUAAUCGUAUUGCUAAUUAUCUUCAAUAUUGUCGAGAUUAA